UAUAAACGAUAUGGGUUACAAACAGAGUUUGGAUAAAAUUGUCUUUCUCCGAAUUGAAUCUGCUCGGGAUUAACGACUGUUAAACCUGCGAAUUAUCUCUUAAGAGUCCAGCUUACUGCAAAUCUGGCUUUUCCUUGGGCCUUUAUAGAACUCGAUCGUGACCUCCACUGUAAGGAACUCUGAAAUUUGUUGAUAGUAGUCGGAGUGAUGAAUGAUCCGACCACGAAAAGCCUUUUAAACGGGACAAAUACUGAAAAACGGCGCGCUGAUGAAUCUCCUAGUUUUGUCAGAGCGGCUCACCCCUCAGUUUAUCUCACCGAUGUCGAGAUACAACCAACAAGUGAGAAGCCUUUGUAUCGCCCGACUGGAUGGUCCAAACGCGAGAAGUUGAUGAUCGCUGGAUUAAUUGUUCUUUUGGUACUGUGCAUUUUAUUCAUCGCACUGUUUGCAAAAGCGGUUUCAAAGAAGAGUGAUCGCAAAAGUGAAGAUGUGGAAAAGGAAUCGAUAGGAUGGAUCCUUGCUGCCUCUGAUAUUCUAAGUGCAAUGAAUGCAAAUGCAGACCCAUGCGACGAUUUUUACGAAUAUGCGUGUGGAAAGUGGAUCGAAAAGAGUUCUAUUCCAGAGAGCAAGUCUUCCUGGAGUCAGUUCUACGUCGUUGACCAAAAUAACGAAAUAAUCAUGAAGAGACUUAUCCUCGAAGACAAGGAUAAAACAAGGGCUCAAUAUAAAGAUAACGAAGCUGUCAUGAAAGGGUUCGACAUGUUUGAUUCCUGCAUGGAUGAAAACAAAAUCAACGAACUGGGCGCGGAUCCUCUCUUGAAUUUGAUCAAGGAGUAUGGAUCCUGGAAUGUCACUGACGGAAACUGGACGGAGGAUUCUUGGGACUUCAUGGAAAAUUUCGUUAAAAUUCGAAAGUAUCUGUCAGUACAGCUUCUCUUUGGCAUGCAUGUUAUUGCUGAUCUUAAAGACUCCACGGAACAUAUCAUUUAUUUUAACCAGGGUGGAAUUUCUAUGUCUCAAGAAUCGUACCUAAAGAAUGCUUCUCGGAAUAUAAAGGCCCGUUCAGCUUACAAAAAGCUCAUGAUCGAUCUUGUGAAACUUCUCACUGACAAUCCAAACGUAGAGGCUUUGAUGACCGAAAUCUAUGAUUUCGAAGAAUCGUUAGCAAAGACGUUCAUUCCUAGAGAGCAAAGGCCAGAUUUGGACGAGGCUUACAAGAAAAUGAAGCUGAGUGAUUUCAUCAAAUCAACCGGAAACGCGUUUGAUAUGAUGGAUUUUGUCAAGAGGAUGUUCAAUCAGACAGGUUACAAUAUCACGGGAGACGAGUUGGUCGUGGGACAAGCACUUGACUACUUUAAGAAUAUGUCAGACAUUUUUAAUGCAACGAGCAAAAGAGUGCUGGCCAACUACAUGAUGUGGAAAGUAGUGCUACAUUUUUCAGGGGAUUUGGACUCCAGAUUCAGAGACGUUUUCGAAGAAUUCAGGAAAAGCAUCAUGGGAACCACGGACGACGAUCCUCGCUGGCAGGAAUGUUUGAAUGUUGCCUACGCGUAUCUUGGCAUGCCAUUCAGUCUACUGUAUGUUGACGAGACGUUUGAGGGAGAGAGCAAAAAAUCGGCCGAGGAAAUGAUUCAUGACAUAAGGGAAGUUUUUCUUACCAAUUUGGAAAAUCUAGACUGGAUGGACGUAGAAACCAAACGAAAAGCAAAAGAAAAGGCUUUAGCAGUACGGGAAAAUAUUGGCUAUCCUGAUUCCUUAAGAAACAAAACGGCGCUGGCCUUGGAUUUUAAAGGGUUUGAUGUGAAGAAGGACCAAUACUUCAAGAACAUUGUGCGGGCGAAUGAAUUUUAUAAUCUGAAACGCUACGCCAACCUGGGAAAGCCAGUUGAUAAAGAUAGAUGGGCCAUGCUUCCUGCCACUGUCAACGCUUACUACUCAGCCACUGAAAACAAAAUAGUUUUCCCAGCUGGAAUUCUGCAGAAACCAUUUUAUGACCACAGAUUCCCUAAAGCUCUUAACUACGCAGGAAUUGGGGUUGUAGUUGGGCACGAAAUAACUCACGGUUUUGAUAACAGUGGUCGUCUUUUUAACAAAGAUGGCAACUUGGCGGACUGGUGGUCAAACAAAUCUAUUGAAGCUUUUAAAAACAAAUCAAAGUGUCUUGAGGACCAAUAUUCCAAUUAUACGUUUCAUUCACUGAACCUAAAUGGUGAGCAAACACUUGCGGAAAAUAUUGCUGACAAUGCCGGGAUCAAACAGGCAUUUCAGGCCUAUCAAAACUGGAAGAGAAGGCGGGGUCGUCCAGAGCCUUACCUUCCCGGGAUGAAAGACUUUACUAAUGAACAAAUAUUUUUCCUUGGAUUUGCUCAGAUUUGGUGCCUAAAGAGCCGCCCAUCGGCAGUGGAGCGUUUGGUGACGUUUAGUUCUCAUAGCCCUGAAAAAUUCAGGGUGAUUGGUUCCCUAUCGAACUUUGACGAAUUUGCCAAGGCCUACAAAUGCCCUAAAGGAUCUCAAAUGAAUCCUGAGAAAAAAUGCUCCGUGUGGUAAAAUAAUUGCUUAGAUUUGUUGACGUGGACUGAACCAUAGCUCUUCCAAAACAAAAAAAAGGAGUGCCUUCAUUUACGCGCAUUUAUUGGCGGAAACAUCGGAAAAAUUUAAGCGAUAAACAACAAAACCUCCAUAAUCAUAUCAUCAAAAUAUACUAUAAUCUAGCGUAACGCAAUUUUUUUUUUUUUUUUUUAUGAGACUUCAUAAGAAGCCCAUGAACCACACAUCAAGCAUUACCCGAGUGUCAACGGUUCAACGGCCCGGUUGUUCAAAGACGGGUUAAGAUAACCCAGGAUUACCGUGAAAUUUAAUUGCAGAUCUGAAAGCUUUAA